UGGGAGAGCGAGAAAAGUGCCACAAUUGGACAUUGAGUAUUUCACUAUGGAAGAAAAUUCUAAUGGCAAUAGAGAGCAUCAAGAUUCAGGCGAAGAGUCCAACAGAGCUAUUCUUCCUCUUCUCCAAGCACCUGGGAACCAGCAACCGCACCGGAUCACCAACUUUUAUAUUGAUAAUAUUUUACGACCAGACUUUGGACGGAGGAAAGAUGGGACUUUUAAUUAUGAUGAGAAUCACCUCAAUGGACGAGAGAAUAGUCCUGGCCUUCCCCCAAAAUCUGGGCAGUUCGGUGGGACGGUGUCAGGGGAAGGAACUUCGAAUUCUCGUUCAGUCAGUGAGUUAAAAAAAGCAGAUAUUGUUGCAGAUACGCUUCUCAAGCCCGGAGAAGAAAUUGGAGAUCAGUGCCUGAGCUCCGACUCGGAAAGUUCUCAUGCCAAUUCUGCACCUUCGUCGAAACCUAUGCUCUGGCCAGCCUGGGUGUAUUGUACAAGAUAUUCGGACCGACCAUCAUCAGGGCCAAGAUCUCGAAAACCAAAGAAGUCGACCACGACAACGACACCAAGCAAGGAUGACAAGCGUCCAAGAACGGCCUUCACAGCAGAACAGCUCCAGAGACUAAAAACGGAGUUUCAGACUAAUCGGUACCUGACCGAACAGAGAAGACAAAGUCUGGCACAAGAACUCGGCCUCAACGAAUCUCAAAUUAAAAUCUGGUUUCAAAACAAGAGGGCCAAAAUAAAGAAGGCUACUGGAAAUAAAAACUCUUUAGCCUUGCACCUGAUGGCACAAGGACUAUACAAUCAUGCCACAUCAUCUAAGGAUGAAAAAUCAGACAGCGAUUGAAGAAAAAUAAACAAUGCAAUAAAUAACUUUAAAGGGCCAGUGUACAUAAUACCAGCAGAUAUUUAAACAUGAAUGAGACAGGAUUUUGCAAUUUUCUGUAGCCUAUAUACAAUAUAUAGGGACUAAACCAUUUUGUGUUGUAACACUUGCCAUGCACUCACUGAAACUUUAGAAUGCUUCAUCAUCAUUAAAGUUUGUUGGGUUUUUAGCAAGUUUUUUUUUUUUUUUGGUAGGCGUACUUGACUUUGUGGACACGUUUAACGAAAUAAUGAAAACAGGCUGAAGUCCAAAGAUUUUUUUCUGCUGCAUUUUGCAAACUGUGAAUUUAAAAAUAGCCUAAAUUGUGUUUAUCUAUGAUUUUAAUUUUUAUCACACUGUUUCGUUGUAUUUUGAUGUUUAUGUUGAAAAUACAUUUGAGGUUCCUUUGUUUUGUGUAAAAAAAAUACAGCCUUUCUGAGUUGAUAUGGAGGGACCAUACGUAUUGAAAUUAUGCGUAUUAUCUGAUAAGAAUGUCUUUUUAUAUUCGAAUUCUGCAUUAGCUAGGCUAUAGUUCUCGUGAGCAUUACAUUUGAAUUAUUUCAGCAAAAUAAUUCCGCUUUGGGUAGGCCUAGACUACUUAUAGGCUAUUGAUAUGAGACAGAUUUGAUAAAAAUAAAUAUAUUCAACAGGCCUAUACGUUACUUUAAACUUGACCCAAACUAUAAAAAUGAGUUGAGGCUUAAAAGGAAUGUAACCUAACUUAACUUUUACUAAAGGACCUCUGUUGAAAUAGAUAGCAUAUUGUAAGAAAAACAAAAGAGUAUUAUAUAAACCGAAAUGUGUGUCUGGUAUGCAAGCGCAUAACACCAACUUCCAUUGGUUAACAAUGCUACGAUGCAACCAACAGUUUAAGUCAUGCGCGCUUAGCUCAUAUCCAAUGGGUUUUAAAUAGGGAGGAGUGGUGGAUGGCAACAACUGGAAUUGAACAGAUAUCCAUUUUGAAAUUAUCAUGGAAAUGUAAUCGUUUUGGGUCAGUUCCACUACCAACAAAAUACAUUUUUACCCCGGCUAAAAUCAGGAUUUCAGUGCCAAGUGAAGCCUAUGCGGACUGUAUGUCUUCAUUUCAAUCAUUAUAGUUUUAUUAACAACUUCAGGGAUGAAGUACCGUCAACGGGAGUCAUAUAUAGGUUUACUGUACAAAUAAUGUAGGCAAUAGAUACGGUAAAGAGGUCAAUCGAACUCGACCAAAUCACUGGAAUUGCCAUGGAAACGAUUAGGGGAAAGGGCAAUGGGGUCAAGAUCCCGAGUCUCAUUGUCCCCCAGCAAAAGUAGCCUACAUUUAGGCUAUUGUUUAUGUGUAUUUCACACUAUGUUGAGGUAAAACUCGGAGUAUAAUGCGUGUAUGAAUGUCAACCACAAACACAUGUUCAUGUAAUCGUUACCAAUCAACUGCAUUACAGUUACAAACGAAUUUGACUACCACCACCGAUUGCUGAACGCUAGCUAUGCUAACCAGUUUAUACGAGCAGGAGUUAGCAUUUAGCAGUCACUUCUUCUAAACCUGAAAAGGGACAACUUCUACAUGUUAUGCAGCGAAAACAGCCAAAUAUAUCCAAAAUCGGACUUAAGUAACCACAUUGUGGGCCUGUUACAAUAUAUGACGGAUUUAAAUAAAAUUCACUUUGUUAGAGCAGAUCUUUUGAAUGUGCGCCAAUCUGGUCUGCGUUCCAUUGAAUCCUUUACCGCACCUAUCUAUAUCAAAUAGUCCAUGCGUUCUAUAGUAUGAAAUCCAUAUUAUUUGCAAAUAACAUAACAUUCAUAUUUAUGAACAAUACUCAUAGUCUACGUGGUCAUGUUUCUCGAAAAGAUACUUCUGGAAUGUUUACAUAACUUAUUUAUCUUGCAAUACCUUGUUUUUGUGAAUGAAACGUUUAGAGGCCUUUGCAUGAAAGCUGCAAUCUGCAAUCUGUCACCUGUAUAUCAUGUGAGACAAACGUUACUGUACCCAUACCAAAUUGUGGUCUUAUGAUGUGAAUUUAUCUUUCAUUGUCAAUAUUAAAGUGUGUGUAAAUUAAAAUCCAAACUUAAAACACACUUUGCCUUAAAAGUUCCGUAAAUGAACUUUUCUUAUGAGUACACAUUACAUGUUUCUAUCAGGAAUGGGCUAUUACCAUUAGAGAUGGUAUACAACGUGAAUUUACAACAUCAUUUUGAAACCUGUAUAAAGAAGGACAAAGUUUUGGUUGUGCCCCCCCCCAAGUAUUCUUUGAUA